AAAAACGUGGAAAUAAAAUAAUUUAAGAUGAAUUUAAAUAUAUCUGGUGUUGCAAAAUAUGUAUGGAAAUCCCAAACAGUAGCUGGAUUCGGGUUUCAACAAGUAAGAAAUAAAUGGGCGAACUGGCUUAUGAUACGAGAUGUGAAAAGGCGACGAAUGAGCGCAGAGAACUUUCUCGAGAGAACCAGAAUCAACGCGAUGCGAAAGAAUGAUGUCCUGCCUUUGGAGAUCAGGGAACUGGCUGACAAAGAUAUAAAUAAGUUUGAGAUGAACGCUAUCCCACUCAGAUUAAAUAACAGAUGCGUUGUUACAUCAAGGCCCAGAGGUAUUGUAAAGGAGUGGCGAAUGAGCCGUAUAGUGUGGAGACAUCUGGCAGACUACAACAAGUUGUCCGGAGUACAGCGAGCCAUGUGGGGAUAGAGCAAUGUCUUAUUAGUUUAUGUAGUGUAGUCUUAAAUAAAUUAUAUUGUUAACUCAA